UUAAUUCUCAGUGGUAGUUUGUAAAACUGUUUAUCGAAUUUUGUUAUAAUCAUGAAGUGUUUUAUAGUUUCUGGAGCGAUUCUACUUGUUUUUGCAUCAUGUGCAUCUGCCGAAACAUCACCAUGCGUGAAUGCAUCUAUAAAAUCCUGCGAAGAAUGUCUGAAGGUUGAUGCAGUAAAGUGCAUGUGGUGUGGGGCAAAGAACCCUAUACCGGCUUGCAAAGAAUAUCCAGCCAAACAUGUUCUCCCUACAAAUGAUGAUUGUCCGCUUUCUGAUGCGAGAUGGGGGGUUUGCUGGCUAAAUUUUGAAGCGUUGAUUAUUUCUUGCAGUAUUAUCGGUGGGUUACUUCUGAUCGGAAUUACACUCUGCUUUUGCAAAUGUUGUGGGUGUUGUUGUUUCAAGAAAAAUACUUCAAGGUAUCAGAGAGAAGAAGCAAGGCUUGAAGUUGAACGUCAGAACAGACAAAUGCGGCAAGAUGCUCGCAGACAAGAGAGGAAGCAACGCAAUGAUGAGAUUCGUCGCAAAUACGGUCUCUCUACCGGGGGAGCGCAGUAUCAGAAGUUUGAAAAUGAAUAACUUUUUGUGGCUUUUUAUCAACUCUCUAUGUAUAUAUUCUUAUCUUUGAUUAUUUUCAUGCAUUAUUAAUUUUAGCUUUCAUCAACAUUUAAUUGGAGAGGAUUGAGAUGAUAUUAUAACACUUGUGGUC